CGGGGGUGGCGGACUGGGGGAGAGAAGUUGGGCUAAGGAGCCAGGAAGGAGUGCUGAUUAAACCUCUGCCUCCAGAGCCCGGCUCACAUACGUCGCAGCCCGGACUCCAGAGUCCCGACCCUGCCCUGAUGGCCACUGACGGCGCUGCCUCGGUCCCGCCGUACCGGGUCCUGGUCCUGGUGCCCAAGCGCUAUUCUGGACUGGAGAGGAAACUGCAAAAAUAUUUCCAGAGCCCGAGGAAGUCCGGAGGAGGCGAGUGCACGGUCAAAGCUGGUACCACCGAAGGAACGUUCUGGGUAGAGUUUUUAGAAAGACAAGCGAGGCAACGAGUCCUGGAGAGGGAGAAUCAUGAGUUAGAAUUGCCAGGAGAAGAAAAGUUGAAGGUCACUGUCAGAUUGCCUACAGCAAAGGAUGCGGAUGAAGGCAAUGAAGAAGAAAUCCCAACAAAAGAAUCCAAGAUCAAAGAUGGAGCCCAGGAACAAGAUGUUUCAGAAGACCAGGACACAAAGCUCCCACUGGACAGAAGAUUGGAUGAGACAGAGAACAUGUCCAAAGGCUCUGAAAAUGUUCCCUCUUUGGUUGCAUUUAAAAAUCUUCAAGAUCCAAAGGAUAAGUAUCUCCUUGUUUUGCUGGUGGAGAAUAUCAGUGGUCUGUCAAAAAUCAAAGGAGAUUUUGAAGUAGAAGUCAUACCAGAAGUGGAAACUGCUGUGUUUACCUUUCUGAAACACAUUGAUACAAAGAUGCUUGCUGAUCGUUGUUCUCAAACUCAAAUAGUCCGAGAGAAAAAGAUUUGUGUAGCACCUCUGGAAGAGACAAGAACCAUCCUGGUGGAAAACCUGCCUCCUGAUGUUAAUGAAAGUUACGUCACUCUUUUCAUUGAGAACCUCAAUAAUGGAGGGGCACCAAUAACCAAAGUGCAGUGUUUCCCAAAGGAUGAUUCAGCUCUGAUUGAGUUUUCUGAUUCCCAAGCGGUCAAAGCAAUAUUGACAAAGAGUCUUCUCUUCAACAACAAUUCCAUUUUAAUGUUCCCAUACUACCAUAGUUUGGGUACUGCUUUAUGUGGAAAGACACAACAACCAGUGAAGCUGCCAGAGCCUUUAACAAUACCCAUGGAGCCUUAUCUAUUGAAGUUCUUACGGAAAGAUGAUCAAAUAAUUGGAGAGAUAACUAGCACUAUGGAGAACUGUUAUUGUGAACUAAAGUGGCCUAGACCCAAUGGUAAAGAGUCAGAAAUUAUACUCAGUCCUUCGGCCACCUUAGUCAGCCAAAGGAGAACAAAGAUCAACAUAAUGAAGACAUGGAGUGAAGAUGUUUCCCUGAGAUUCUCUUGCCUCAUGUCUGAAUACCAGGUUAGGAAGUAUAAUGUAGACCCAGGGAAGUGGGAAGCCAUUAGAGACAGCAUAGAAAAUAAGAGCAUUUUGACUGAGUUUGAUAAGCUUCAAGAGACAGUGAUCAUAGCAGGGAGACAGGAAGAUGUGCAAAGAACUGAACUGCAAAUGAGGACUCUGAUAGAAAGGCUCAUCCAAAAAAUAGAAAGGGAAAAACAAAGUAUAAGUGUGUACUUGACCAUGUGUCCUGGAAGGUUUUCCAUUUUAUGCAGGAAUGGGUUAGAAGAGACUCUCCACAAGGACUACCCAGAGCUGGAAGUCACUUACAAUGCCCUCACAAAGAGCAUUUGCCUGACUGGAUUGGCUGCAGAUGUGUACAAAGCAAAGAGUGAAAUUCUGGAAAAACUGCAGAGCUUGGCUCAGAAACCCCUCCAUGUGCCUCCUCAGAUAAUUCACUUUCUGCAACAAGUAAACUGUGUGACAUUCUCAGAAUCUCUUUUUAGAGAGGAGAAAAUUCCUGCUGUUUACGAGUUGGAGGGUGAAGCAGUUGUGCUGAUUGGUGCCUCUCCCCAAAUUCUUUCAGAAGCUGAAGAACAUAUGAAGAAAGUCUUGGACUUUAAGUGCAUCAGUGUAGUAGAGAGUGGGAUUCUUAGUGAUGGUCAGUGGAAAAAACUCACUGAUGAUUUAAAUAAGAAAUACAACUGGUCCUCAAAGACCAUAAUAAUAGAACAGCAGAAUUCAGACACUGGCAUUAAGAUAAUCAUUGCUGGUUGUGUUAGUCCAGUACAUGAAAGCUACCAGGAAAUUUAUGAAUUUAUAGAAAAAAACACAAAAAUACAGGAGUUGGUCUCUGUAAAAUCUCUAGCAGUUAUUGAGUAUAUGAAGGAGGAAAAUAGGCAAAUCUGGAAAAAACUAAAGAAAAAGAAUGUGAAGGUUGAUUUCAAAGCUCUGGCAAACCAAAGAGGCAUUUCACUGAGUGGUCCAAAAGGAGAAGUGGUAAGAGGAGUCGCCAUGAUUAAACAAGCAUUAGGUUCAGUACAUGUUAGAAAUUUUAGCAUUGAUAAACCAGGGGCUGAAACUUUAUUCAAAGACAGGGAAGAGUUUUAUAAAAUGGAAGGAAAAAGAAAGUAUAAUUGCACAAUUUGUCUGCAAGAGGAUAUAAUUGAUAGCAGUGGGGGCAGCACUGAUGGGCAGAAAGUCCACUGCAGGAUAACCUUAGAAUCUGGCAUCUUAUUAACUGUUCAGAAAGGCGACUUAACCCAGUUCUCAGCAGAUGUAGUGGUGAAUGCAGCAAAUGAGGACCUAAAGCACUAUGGAGGCCUGGCAGCUGCACUCUCUGAAGCAGCAGGCCCAGACCUACAGAGGGACUGUGACCAGAUAAUCCAGGAACUGGGUAAGAUUCCUCCUGGCCAUGCUGUUGUCUCCGCUGCUGGACAGCUCCCAUAUAAGCAAGUGAUUCAUGCUGUUGGCCCCAGAUGGACACAAGAACAUGCUGACAGAUGUGUGCAGCUACUAAAAAAUGCUAUCACUGAGUGUCUUUAUCUGGCUGCCCUCGAUGGGCACACUUCAAUAGCUAUCCCACCUCUCAGCUCUGGGGAGUUUGGAUUCCCCCUAAAAGAGUGUGCAGAGACCAUCAUCCAGUCCAUCAAGGAAAAUUUCCAGAACUGGCAAAAUAAUCACAGCUUGAAAAAGGUUCAUCUCAUGGAUUCAUCUGAGGAGACAGCUCAGGCUCUUUCCGAAGCUGUGAGGACCAUCUUUAGAGAUGCAUUACCUAGUGACAAUUCACCGCCCCGUACACCAUUAGAAAACCAGGAAACCACUUUGAGAAAAAAUACUGAACAUAGAAAUGUGUUGGACUCCAUUCUAACUAGCGAACACCUGAGCAUCAUCUUGAUGAGAGGGGAUGUUCAGAAUGUGCAGACUGAUAUUAUUGUAAAUUCCAUCCCUUCGGAUCUUCGUCUUGACAGUGGGCCACUUUCUCAGGCCUUAUUGAGGAAAGCUGGUCCAGAACUCCAGGAAGAAUUAAAUAUAUUUGGAAAAACAUCAGUGAAAACAGGUCAUGUUCUCCUGACAAGAGGCUAUAAUCUGGGCUGCAGAUUUGUGCUCCAUGUAGUGGCUCCUGCCUGGGAUGAUGGAGCAGGGAAUUCACAAAAGAUCAUGGAAGACAUUAUCACAGAAUGCCUGGAAACCACUGCCUCCCUGUCUUUAACAUCAAUCACUUUUCCAGCAAUCGGAACAGGAAAUUUGAGGUUUCCAAAAACCAUUUUUGCGAAACUAAUCCUGGCCCAGGUGUUCAAAUUCAGUAGUUCAAGACCUUUGAAGAUGCUAAAAGAAGUGUGCUUUCUGUUGCAUCCCAGUGAUAUUGACAACAUUCAGGCAUUCCAAAGAGAAUUUACUAAAUAUACUGAUGGAAAUACUACCAGUUGCAGAGUUUCCAACACCAGUGAUACACAAGAUGUCUUUGACAUUUCUAGCCCUGAAUUGGGAGUAUAUGAAAUGAAGAUUGGAUCCAUUACCUUCCAGGUUGCUUCUGGGGACAUCACUAAGGAAGAGUCUGAUGUUAUUGUAAACUCAACAGAUAAUACAUUUGUCCUCAAAAAAGGGGUUUCCAAAACCAUUUUAGAAGCUGCUGGACGAGCUGUGGAAUCAGAGUGUGCUACAUUAGCUAUGAAUCGUGUCAAAAAUUUUAUAGUAACGCAGGGUGGAAAUCUAAGGUGCAAGAAAAUAAUACAUGUUAUGGGGGGAAAUGAUGUCAAACAAACCAUCUCUGAAGUCCUACAGGAAUGUGAACAGAUGAAAUAUGCGUCUAUUUCCCUCCCAGCCAUUGGAACAGGACAGGCCAAAAAAGACCCUACUAACGUUGCUGAAUCUAUAAUUGAUUCCAUUGAAGAUUUUGCACAGGGAGGGUCUGGCCAAUCAGUGAAAAAAGUAAAAGUGGUCAUCUUCCUGCCACAGCUACUGGAAAUAUUUCAUGAUGCUAUGAGAAAAAGAGUAAGAUCUAAGACACCAAUCUCAACCACUGUGUUCUCUACAAUAAAAUCAUUUUUUGGUGUUGCAAGCCAGCCUCCCCAAAAACAAGGUAAGUUGGUUUUGGAAAAAAUUAAAAAAUCAGCAAUUUUCCAGGUGUGUGGUGAAAGUGAGGACAAUAUUCAAAGAGCUGCCACUUGGAUACAAGAUUUGAUUUUAAAGGAACAUGAAAGUUGUACUUUCUCUGAUAAAUCCAUCCAAAACUUUGGUGAAAAAGAAUACAAUGAACUGAAUGAGCUGCAAAAAAGGCUAAACAUCACCAUCGAUGUGACACAUGGAGGGUCUCAAAUAGAGGUCACAGGAACUACCCGAGAUCUGUUCAAGGCUUCCCAGGCAAUUGAAGGCAUGAUCAAGAGAACACAAUUACGUGUAGAUGAGGAGUCUAAGGCUGAGGAGCUCAGCAGAACCAUCACAUGGCAGUAUAAUGCCAGAGGUCUUUUCAAGCCUUUUGACAAAAUGACCAAUCUGCAUUUAGAGGAUGCGAAGAAAAGAAAGAAAAAUAACAUCAUUGUUAAAAUUGAGAAUGAAAACUAUGCAGUAGACUUUAACACCAACCUUGCUACAAAUGGAAGGGGACGCAGUUUACCUGUUCGUUGUAUCAAUAAAUCUCAAGUUGAGAUCCCUAAUCACUGGGAUGACAUGAAAGACCAGAACCUGCUUUUGGUGGAUUUACCUUCAGGACAUGAAGAAUACAAGCAAAUAAAAGACAGGUUUUGUCAGACUUGUGCUAACUACACAAUAGUGAAGAUUCAGAGGAUACAGAACAAAAGCCUUUGGAAUUUGUAUAAGACAAGGAAAAUAUUCAUGGAUGACCAGAACAAACACAAAAAUAAUGAAAGAUGCCUCUUCCACGGGACAGAUACUGACUCAGUGUCCCAUGUCAAUAGCCAAGGCUUUAAUCGAAGUUAUGCUGGGAAAAAUGCUACACUAUGGGGAAAAGGAACUUAUUUUGCUGUCGAUGCCCUAUAUUCAGCUGAAGAUACCUACUCCAAGCCAGAUAUCAAUGGGAGGAAGCAUAUGUAUUAUGUGCGAGUACUUACUGGUGAUUACACUCUUGGAAAUCCAUCAUUCAUUGUCCCUCCAACAAAGAUAACUCAAGAUGCUUAUGUUCUAUAUGAUAGCGUCACUGAUAAUACAACAAAUCCAAGUUUAUUUGUCAUAUUUUCUGAUAACCAGGCUUAUCCAGAGUACCUCAUUACUUUCAAGAAAUAAAAUUUUGGUUUCAUAUCCAAGUGA